UAUAAGAUUUGAAAUUACUUGAUAAAUAGUAAAAGAUAUAUAAAAGGCAAACGGGAAUUGCAAAUGUACACUUUACAAUUUGGAAAUCAUGGCAGUCAGGGGUUGUUUGUUAUAUGUCGCAUUUGUUGGACUCCAAGUUUCAAGUACCUUGGCAGCAGGUACAGUGCCUUUGACUUGUUUCCUUCAGAACCAAAAUUUCUUUAACAUAUUUAAUAGAAGAGCUGAACUUACUUCUAAUGGGACUUCAACAAAUCCUCCACAAUUUGAUACUAUGCGCGUAAAAGGAAUUGAUUUGAACAAGGAUGGAUGGAGUUACAGAACAACAAACCUAGAAUAUAGCGGCCUAAAUAAUGCAGUUUUAGAUGACUUUGGAUUUAAUUUCAACUCUAAUAUAACACACUUAACUUUCCAUACGGAUAUGGUGGUCACGUGUCAAUACUUGACAGAUGGAUUAUUAUUUUCACAACCUGUUAGCGGCGCAGGUUCCUGUAUUGUGCACCUUGAUAAUAUUCAAUUCGGUAUGAUCAUGCCGUUUAAUGUUCAGGAAGAGUACGGUCAACAGUUUAUAAAUCUUAGGAGCUACCGUUACUUUUACGACGUAAGAGAUGGUGCUAACUUUACUUUAACCAAUCUUUACUUUGGAGAUAAGGAAUCAAGUGCCAAAAUGCUUCAUCUCAUGAACUACCAUUGGAAAUUCAUCACAGAACGAUAUUCACCGAUUUUCAUAGACGCAGCUGCUGAACAUAUAUUUCAAAUGUUUAGGAAUAAUAUGCUUAACAUGCCUUUAAAGAGCCAAAUUGGUUGCUAA